UCAAAACCAAAGCAGUUUUCUUCUAUUUUUGAUUCAAUGGCGCGUACAAAGCAAACUGCUCGCAAAUCCACCGGUGGCAAGGCACCAACGAAGGUGCUCGCCACAAAGAUUGCUCGUAAUUAUAAACCAAAGGGAGGACUUAAGAGACCUCGUCGUUUUCGUCCUGGAACAGUUGCUCUUCGCGAGAUACGUAAAUACCAGAAGAGUUCCGAUCUUUUGAUCCGUAAGCUUCCAUUCCAGCGUCUUGUUCGUGAAAUUGCUCAUGUUGAUCUCAAGCCGGAUUUCAGAUUCCAGAGUCAUGCGGUUCUCGCACUUCAGGAAGCAGCGGAAGCAUAUUUGGUUGGUUUGUUUGAGGAUACCAAUUUGUGUGCAAUUCAUGCUAAGAGGGUUACCAUUAUGCCUAAGGAUAUUCAACUUGCUUGCCGUAUCCGUGGUGAACGUCGUGGUUAG